CACAAUUUCAAUGUCAGAAUGUCAGACAUUUCUGUUUAAAUGAUAGGCUACUUAUAGCAGUAAUUGAUUAUUUACCUUGAGGACAAAUUGGUGUCUGCAUAACGUUGGUAACGUGAGAAUGCGAUGGAAAUGCACGCGGCCCAUAAACGGAACAGAUUGCGUAAAUCUUAACAACCGUCAAAACCGAACUUACAGAAAAGACUGUAUUGUGUCCAUAAAUUAGGUAUCACGCCUAAGGAACGAAACAUCACUCGUUAAUACAUAUGUUAUGGUGUAAUACAAAACACAACAGGAAUGGCCUUGGCGGAAUUGCGUGUACAAUACUGGAAAACAAAAGCGUUCUGGGAGACAUCAGUGGUUUAACCUUGAAGAGAUUUGGGGGGAUUAUCGAUUCGUUAUUCCUUAUACAAAUUGAUGUAGGUCUUUGGAUGCCCGUGGGCCGUUUCACACAGAGAGAUUAGCGAGAAUUUCCGCCCCACGGCGUCCUAUAAACCUACAUGUAAUGAUGGAGAUGGGGUAGGCGGUACCCAUGCAGGAAGCUCCUAUGCAGAGCAUGUUACUCGGCUUCUUUAUGUAUAUCUAGCAACUUGGGGGGUUUAAACAAUCCGCCAAUACGGUGAAAGUCGGAAUUUUCAAAAGCCUCUUUUAUUUCCAGUAUUUAUUGAUUCUUAGAAUUUUCCUGCCCUUAUUCACUGCCAGUCAAAUGUUAUUGCACACGCUAUUGAUUUUCUACACGCGAAUGUUACUCACUUAGCAAUUACUAACAAUGAGCUCAAUAUUCUUUGCCAAGAAAUACAUUUACAGUAUGUUCACCAUUUCAGUACCUUUAUUAGCAAGAAAAUGUCAUGUCUAUGAUUCAUUGAAGUAACCUCCUUAAGCAGUUUUAACAGCAGAAAAAAUUCAAAGCAGUCUUUCUACAAUUAAGGAACAUUAAAUACUGCUCUGCUGCAUGGGAUGGAACAGUUAACUAGUGUUUUUAAAGUUAUAGGACAGCCUAGAAUCUGACUAUGCCAUCACCACACCCAGUUAAUAGGAUGUCAGACAUGCACUGUUACAUAAUCUUUCCAUGUUAUAAAGGAAUCUUGUUUUAUUUGACUUAUAUGUCCCUUUGUAAUUGUUCACUCAACUGUCCAGUGCUUAAGAAGAAUAAAAAAAAUCUGCAGCUUAUGAAAUAAAUGGAAAAGUGCAGAAACCUGUGGUGUGCAAGAACUUUUGACUGGUGCUGUAAGAGCAUAAGGGCAUAAGACAUUUACAAACGAGAGCUCGUUUGGGGAGAACUUUAAUAGCUCAGAGCUGUUAACAUCUUAUCUAGCUCCGAUUUAAAGGAACCCAGGAUUUUAGCUUGCGCAACACUAGCAGGAAGACCAUUCCAUACUCUAACUACACGCUGUGUAAAGAAGUGGUUCCUCAAAUUCAGUUUAAAAUUUCCACUUAUGGCCACGAGUUAUAGUAUUUAAACGAAUACUGAAGUAGCCAUUUGGCUGAACUGCAUCCAGACUUGUUAGAAUCUUAUACACCUGGAUCAUGUCCCCCCUUAGUCUCCUUUCCUUGAGGCUAAACAGAUCCAGCUCAGCUAACCUCUCCUCACAAGACAUUCCUCUAAGACCAGGAAUCAUUCUUGUACCCCUAUACAUUGCACCUUUUUAAAUGUCCUUUUUAAGGUAUGGUUGACCAAACCUGCACACAAAAUUCUAGAUGGGAUCUUACCAAUGAAUUAUAUAAUCACCUCCCUUGACUUAAACUCCACACACCUAGAGAUGUAACCCAACAUCCAAUUGGCCUUUUUUAUUGCUUCCCCACACUGGCAAGAGUGGGACAAGGAAGCAUCCACAUACAAACCGAGGUCUUUCACAUAAUCAGCUACCUUUAUAUCACAUCUGGUCAUAAGCUGAAAACUAUUUAACAAAAUGUUUAAUCACGUUACUCCAGAAUAAGAUAAGGUUCUAUAUUUACCCACAUAUAUAAUACUGAUUUAUAAUAUACAUAAACCAUACAUUUUUUGAAUUACUAACAGACUGAUUAGGAUCUACAUAUUUUGGAAGUUUAAGUAUUUUCUAAUUAUUUUAUUUGGCAUGUAAACAUAAGACAGUGGAGAGAGCAAAUGUUAAGUAUAUGGAUUCUGUUGAUUCUGAGCAUCAGACGUAUUAUAUUUGACGUUGUUUCGGUAGGGCUGUAAUUAGCUAAUUAUUUUGCAUACUGCAAAGAUGCCAGUCAUCAAAUGACAAAAUAAUAAUUAAACGAACAAAUCACGCCAAGAUAUACUGGAGUCCAAUACAGUCCGCAAAGCUUCUUCAGGCUUUUCUCUCUGUCCUGACCUUUAAUCGGUCGCUUACUGAGAUCAGGUCACACACGUGUAGAGAUAAUCAAAUCGGAUUCAGCCCUCAUGAUAUAUUCGCCAUGUUUUCAAUAACUGAGCCAAAGAUCCCCUGUAGAGUGGCGGUAGUCUAAAAAACAAACACAUAAAAAACAACCGGUCUGCUGUGACCUCCCCCCCACGAAAUUUCACUGAAGUACCAAGGCAACGCUAAAUUGCUUGUCAAAGACUUUAGCUCCAUCUAGAGGCCAGAAAAUACAACCGCUUAAUUGUUGUAAAACGUUUUUGUUUCCCGGGGCUUUUCAGUCGCAAACGUCAGAAGUAAACAUUUAAUUUAAUAAAGUAAACUUGGAGUAGCAGCGUCGAAUGCUCUCCCGGUGUUUACGUAAGGUCGCACAAAGAAUGUAAUGGAAGUGAUGCCGUCUAAUGUAUCAGCGGCUGUUAUGCAUAUUGUACAUAAAUUUGUUGUCACGCGUAUUUUAGCAUUGUGCAGUAUAUAUUAUUUUAAGGUGCAGCAGUAACUUUUGCCGUACCUACUUCACACUUAAAUGGAUGUAGCAGAAAGACAUUCUAACAUUGCACAUAUUGAUUAAUAUUGUUUCUGUGUGUAUUAGAUUGUUAGGGUUAUCGUCAAUCAUCCACAGAACAAUUGUUUUAAGAGAAGAAGAAUACGAGCCACGUGAUGAUCCAGUCAGCUGUAAAGGGAGGUGAAUCACAGUAAAUACAUGUUUGUAUUGGAAUUAUUCAUUUGUGACCCUCUACCCAUAUCAAACUCUUUCCUACGCUAUUGCUUAAGGUAUGAGUGCAAAACGUCAUGACAAGGGAAAAACGUGCCUUCUGAUGGAGGGUUGAUCGGGGGAUUCUUUCAUUAUCUGUUUUGUGACAUCAGAACAGUGGUAAUUAGUACUGGGUCUGUAUUGUUAUCGGUGACACCACCAAUAAUUCCCCUAAUUAGAUUAAAGGAUUUCUCGAUUUUUUUUUGUGUGGUUCCUGAAGGGGUCGGCCACAAGAGGGCAGGAGAGAUUUACCUAUACGGUAUGGCCAUUCAUUAUUUACAUUAUUGACUUUCUUAGCAGAACCAAUUUGUCAAAGCACUCAACAUAAAUUAUAGUUUAACGCUCUUAGUCAUUUCAUAUCUUAGUAAUUAUACUUACAUAACUGAAGGUAUAAAACUUUCCAAAAACCAUUUCUAACUGCAAUAAUCCAUCCACUCACCUUCUGACGGCUUACCCUGGUCAGGGUCGCCGAGACGUAGAAAUAAUCACACAGUCAAUUCCCUUAUAAUUUUCCUCACCCUCUCUCACACACCACAUCUUUUUCGUUAUUGCAAUAUGUUAGUUUUAAUGGUUUCACGGUGACAAUUAGUGUCACGCCAACAACGCCGAUGUCGGUGAUUAAUGAUGGACUCCAAUGCGCCAAUUGGCGAAGUGGACAAUUCAACUUUUAACAGCAGAGGGCAGUAUAGUAUCCAAUUUCAGAAAAAUGAAGCCAUUUGUGAAAUUAAAUCACCUAAAACAUGAAUACAUUAGAACAAAGAUAGAUAAAAACGAAUGAUAAGGAAUGAAUAUAUAUUUGAGAUCUGGUAAAUGCGUAACUUUGUAAAAUUAAUUAAUUCACUAGUUAUUGUCGAUUCACUAAUGUCUGCCCCAAAACCUAUUUUAAUGCUUCAUGUAGAGGGUGAAUGUUGGGUGUAUCUUGAAAAUGCAACAACCUACACCUGAAAUUGUCGGUUCAUUUUUUUCACAGUUCAGCAGUUAAGAAUUCCUCAAAUGCUAAGCUGGAAAACCGUGUUACUGGUGCUAGAUAGACGUAAAUUCACAGCCAAUAAGACGCUAAAAAUAAAAUAAAAACAGCAACAGGAGGUUUAUACAUCCGAUUUUGAUCGCUGCUGGGAAUCCGCUAUGGCGCCUUUUUCCAAGUGCAGUUUUCAGUACUUACAUGACGGCGGUUUUUCACGCGAUUAUAUGAUUAUAUGAACAAUAGUAAAUGUGAAGACAUCAGGAAUCGAAGAACUCCGACUCACUACAUCCGGUUAGGACCUACAGUUUGGUGCAAUCAACAAGAAGAAGAGUGAACAGAAGAGUGGAUAUAGUGUGUUUUAACUGACUCCUUGUUCCUGUAAUUAAUUAUCACUAUACAAAAAGCUGCAACAACAAUUUCGGAAAGUAAAUCUCAGUAAUUUUAAUUAACAGGCCAACAAUAAUUUUCAAUAUAGCAAAAGGCUCUAACAAAAUGGUCUGACAUUGUCAAAUGGAAAAAGUUUUUGUCGGAAGUUUUUGUUUGAGAGAAAUACCCUUUAUGGUUGAAUAUAUAUAAACACAUUCACACGAAAAAGAUUUGAAAAAUAUGGUUUAAUGACCAAAUGCAGAAAAUGCACCCGGUAAACGAUGAACAUAGACUGCAUCACCUUCAUAACGGGAUUCUUCGUAGUUUUUCAUUUGAACUACCGAGGGUGAAACUCGGCUGCAUACGUUGUAUUUAACACACAUUACUCUAUUCCCAUGACACUGGCUAAUUGAUUUCUGUUUGUGUUUUGUUUUGUUCUUUGUAAUAUGAUUCUUUACUACAACCAAAAUUAAUAGACAUUUCAUUUAAAUUACGAAGCUCCCCCUAGCUUCCAGUAUUAAAAUCUCGCCUCCGUCCUUCUAUAGGCCUAUAUCCACAGCAAAAUAUGAGUAGUUUUGCAAAAGAUGACUCAUCUGUUGAUCUCGAUAAUCAGGCUGUAUUAGGGGGGACGUUAUGAAAAGAACUCUGCUGGUGAUUUAGUCAAACCUCUCGCUAGGGCUGGAUAGGGGUCAAACCUCCCCACACCUUCACCAUCUCAAACAAACGGCUUCAUUGUCAGCGAUCAAACAGGUGGCUCCACUCCUCCAGAAACGGGUCGUUUGAGGUGACAUAUGAAAGCACUUAUACGGGACUAAAGUUAAUCUUUAUCAGGCGUUAAUUUAACGAAGCGCCAGCUACAAUAAACAAGCGCGAUCCCUUUUAUGGCGCUGGAGUCUAGACGACAUUGAAUGUGCGUCUCCGGUUUAGCACGAUUACGCGACUGUAUUUUGAACCUUAUACCAAUUGCUGUCGAAAGCACUUAAUGGAAAAGGUGCGCAGUUUCUCACCAUAUGUCACAAACAACUUAAACAGGUUAGUACUGUAUGGAGAUUUCUUUUCCUGAAGAGCAAGUGAUAGACGUGUAGAUUAAGCAUAUGCAACAUCCGCCUGGUAAUCUACCAUAAAACGUGGUUUAAAUUACGUACCACAUAAAUGCAGCGCUGAGCCUCUCAUGCCUUAUUGAUCCAAUAACGACAAUCGUGCAUGCUUGUCAAAAAUUACCACGUGAUUCGUUUAGUUUUUUUUCCCCUCGAAACACAUAAAACGCAAGGAUCUCUUGCGUAUAAUUAUUUUAUUUCAUUAUUAUUUUUUUAAGCCAAGCCAUCUCAUAUGUUCUACCACGGAUGCGAAAUACAGCUGGAUCACGCAGCCCGCUUACCUCCGCAUAUUUAGUAUGCACUAUUUGCCUACUUCUCAUUCGUUUCACGUAGCGCGGUCGGGUCCACGUCGGAAAAAAGCGCUGACCAAGUAAAGCUGGCGGCUUUGACCGAUCCCCAAAACAGCCGCAACACGGGCCCCUACCCAGCACCUCCACACCCCUUGUAAUUAAUGACAGGAGCGCCUUCAAAUAUAAUUUGUCAUCGGCAGCUGUUCCGCUACAGCGAUUGCCCUCUUUCUGGGCAAAAUAACUUUGAUUUCAGUAUAUCCAGGCUAUGGAUGUCACCGCCCCCACCUCCCCGCCUUCCUGGCUGCUUGUAGUGGGUGGAUCUUGGAGGGUUGACUCACAAAGCUGUCAAAGAUAGCUGUCACCCCGUGGUGCGAUCAAACGCACGGUGAGCGGCGCGUUUUGCCGGUCGCGCAAACUGGGGAUUUGGGGAGCCCAUACGAUGCACCGAGCCGUGAAGCAUUAAACACACCAGGUUAAGCCGAACCAGGUCCGAAACCGGCUGUGAAAUAACGAUUUUUUUUUUACUGCGGACCGACGGUGCUUGAAACACGGCGGAAAGAUCCCUGGUCUUUACUUGAGGAGGAGGAGGAGGAGGAGGAGGAGGAGGCUGGCUUGAUAGCUGCCGUGGAAAGGACAUUUUCGGAAAUUUUGGACCACAAUGAAAGCAAGAAAAGGCCAGUCUUCCCAGUAUGGGAGCGAUACGGAGGAGGACGGCAUGGACUGUCCCCUGGACCUGUCCUCCAGCGCUAAGAGGAAGCGGCGCGGAAACCUGCCGAAGGAGUCGGUGCAGAUCCUGCGGGAAUGGCUGUUCGAGCACCGCUACAACGCAUACCCGUCCGAGCAGGAGAAGGCGCUGCUGUCCAGGCAGACCCGUCUGUCCACACUACAGGUCUGUAACUGGUUCAUAAAUGCCCGACGGAGGCUGCUGCCCGAAAUGUUGCGGAAAGACGGCAAGGACCCGAAUCAGUUCACCAUGUCACGCCGCGCGGGGAAGGUGGGUGACGGCGCGCCGCAAGAGAUUGCGCCCCCUUGUGACGAGAGGGCCCUUCGUACGCCGAGCUUCGACUCGUGCGACUCUCCCAAGUCAGCGGUGCUGCCCAGACCGACCGUGAUCUGUCACACCACGGUCACCGGGAACCCAGCUCACAGCUGUAUGCCUGGCCCCCAGACCCUGGAGCCCGGUCAGAGUCUGUGCCAGGGAGAGGCGGCAGCAGCCCCCGGGGGGGGCUCGAGCCCCCAGACGGGGUUCUUCAACACCCCGCCACCCACCCCCCCAGACCUCACCCAAGAUUUCAGUGGCUUCCAGCUGCUGGUGGACGUAGCCCUGAAGAGGCGUGCUGAGAUGGAGAGGCAGGCCAAUCCCUUUGUUUCCUGAAGGAUCUCCUGGUCAGGCGGGGGGGUGUUGGAGGCACCUACUUCUGGGCUGCCAAAAUCCAAGUGACUCACCAGACCGACCGACCGUUCGGCGAAUAGGACCUCAAGGAGAGGAGUCUCGCCACAUGGGGAUUUUAAUAUCUAUUUGCACAUCGGAGGACCAGUAGCAAGCUAGACUUUCAAGGCUAAACCUAACGGUCUACAUGCUUUUGCUUUUGUUUUGUAGAGAUGAUAGAGGCGUCGUGACGACCUGCCUGACUUUCCUUCUUUGUUUAAAAAAAAUAGUUUGGCUUGAUCAUUCCUCAUUAUUUUUACUUUAGCGAUCGUUUAGCUGUGCCUCUGUUUCUGUUUGCACAAUAGGGUAACGGGGAAGACAGAGGUUGUUCCAUUUGUCUAAAGGUUUCUGUUGGCAUUAAUGAUGAACUCCAUUACUGCUCUGGUUGGUGGCUCUGUGUUAUGUGAAAAUAUGUAUGUAUAUUAUAUAUAGUGUAUAUAUUUUUAUAACUUUCUUUUGUAGUUUUAAAACCUUUUUUGUUUUCUUCUUACUUUCAUCAAUUAUUGGGGUUGGGUGUCCUUGCUUUGGAGAUCCAUUUGUCUGGGUCUUCACACUGUGAUACUUUGCCAAGCUGAAAAGGACCCCCCCCCAACCCCCCCUUUACCAAAACUUUACUGCCUUUAUGUUCUGCUUACAGCACGUGUGUACUUUUAGAAGUAAACUGGAAGGGUGACACUAAAAUGACUUUGUGGUGCUGUUAAUUCAAAAGGCAAAGGACGGUAACCUGUUUGAAUGGGUAUUCCGACUAAAUCGCAGGAUAUCUGAAGGCCCGCUUCCUAUUUUUCUUACUGUGCAAUGUAUGGCUAGUUCAGGUCACAUGACCUUCAAAUAAAAAAAAAUAAUAAUUGGUUGGUUUGUGUUGCAAGAAUGUAUCCCUCCUUGUAAGAUGUAGCCUCAGGAAGCAGCGUACAGUGGUUAAGUUUAGUCACUCGACUGCUGUUGAAAAUGAUCCAGGGAAUCAGAAUUAAGAACCUGCAAGUUCUGGUUUUCCCCCGCGACCCAGUAGGAUAAGCGGUUUGGAAAAUGGAUGGAUGGAAGUUCUGGUUUUGUUACAGUAACCAUGCAAAUAGUGAUUGGUUGUUCUUUGCAGGUAAAGUGUGCAUGGCUUAAUUUCGCAUGCUGCCUGUGUGCUCGCUGCAGCCCAGAUGCGAUGCCCUCAUGGGAUAGGCGUGCUGCUGAAGCUGGGGGGAACGAAAUCAUUCUUGCGUUUUGUCGCAUGUAGGCUGUAUAAGUACCUCGAUUACCAUAGUUUUGCAUUAAUUGGCGCAGGCCGACGCAGGGGUUUACGCAUGAUGGGUAUUGCAGACAGGGAAUGCGAAACGACACCGUGCGCCUCGUUAGCGGGCCUGAUGGAGACGCCUGUUUGCGUACGUCACAGGCGUGAGGCACCGCAUCGCCACCUCAGGGCUGUUCUGCACAGAGCCGAUUUAUUAAGUCUACAAGGGCGACGACGUGUCUCUGCCUUGGCGUGACAGGCUGCCUGCGUCGGCGAAUCCGUAAUGCUGCUGCAGUUUUAUUUUCCGACGUGUCUGAGAAUCGAGGGUGGAUUGCGUCGCAGGUCGAGCGCAAGUGCGCUGGCGCAUCCUGUGGCAGCGCGUGUGUCACUCCCUCACUCUGCUCGUGCGCAGAAAGCCACUCGGCCAUUCAGAAAAGCGGAUUCCUCUCUGGUCCUUACGGGCUGGUUGACGGGUCGCGCUGACAGCCGAUUGGCUGGCUGAAGUUUUGCUCCCCAUAAGUUCUGCAUCUGGACCGGUGGGUGAAUUUACGGCUCUAUAGCGGAGUGAAAACAUUGGGAGCAUUUUAGAAUUUAUAUAGGGUGUCUGGGUGGGCGGUGCUGGCUGUGGCUUCAAACCUCAGGGUUGGAGGUUGGAAAAUUCCACGAACCGAAAGAGCGAAAUUCAGAGACAUGCAACUGAGUAUAUUGGCAUGUGCGAGAGUGUCCUUUGAUAGAUUCGUAUCCCAUCCAGGUUACCCCCACCCUUACAGUUCAUGCGGCCUGGGAUAUGGUCUAGAGUCAGCGGGACCCUGUAUGUUAUAAAUGGUAUAGAAUAUGGGUGAAUGUCCUGAUUCAUUAUUAAAGGUUGGCCGUCUCUUAUUCAAUACUGGGUUAGGGUCCUGGAGCCUGUUUUCAGACAGGCGGGAUAGAGUCUCAAAUGGAGAAUGUGUAAAAGCCAUGCAGGCAAGCCCCCCCCCCCCCCCACACACACACACAGACACACUGUCAUUCGGUUGGAUUUAAAGGCCAGUUACUUAACCCGUGAGUGUAGCUGUAGUAGGACUCAAUCUCCGGUCUCCCUUCCUGAAGUCAGGAGCCAUGACAGCGUCACUGUUUGACCUCAUUUAGGGGGAAGCGUAAAGCCUGAAGGUGGGUGUCUCCCUUCCUCAACUGCCAGGCCAAAACACACACAUUGAUUUACAAGAGCGAGUGAAUCCUUCAAAUUGCAGGGUCAAGUUCAAGCUUCUGCCACAGACUUAAGAAUCCCCUUAUAUCGAUCCUGAUUUUCGCUCCUUCCUGACUCCGGGACGACGAAAUUAACGGCGAGUCUUCUGCGGGGCAAAGACAAUUGGUACAAUAAAAAAAUCAAUAAGCCAAGGACCUUUAAAGGCGGAAUGUAAUAAUAGACAUCACAUGAAAACCAAAUUUACCUAAAGACAUGAGCUUAACUAUUAUUACAGUUAGUGUUUUCACUUAACCAAUAAUCUAGCUUUGGAUAAAUGUUUCCUACAUCUGGAAAUGCUCACUCGUUUAGGGUUAUGCGAGUUUGACUGGUCAUUAGGAGAGAGAUGUUCAAAUAGGCUUUUUCUGCUGACUCGCUAGGCUGUCUAAUGCGUUUAAUAUUAAUCAACAUGGAUGGUAUUUAACCCCCAACCCCCGUGUCCCAUCUGACCUUAUCAAUCAGAACCAACUUGGUUAUCUUUUUGCAUUGCAAUUUAACCUUCUUUUCCCGGGCAAAUGUGGAACAGGUUACACUAUUUAUGAAUAAAGCAAAGCACCCAGAGUCUGCUAAUUAUAUCA